AUGAGCUUCGUCAUGAAGUCCCGGAGCCUCUUAUCAGAAGAACCUGGCUCAAGGAGAAUGGAGCCUAGGCCGGAGCCCAAUGCCACGUUCACGUCCGGGCUUGCAGCGCCCCCUGAGCGACUGCUCCGCCUCAUCUUCGCCGGGGUCUGCGGCCUCAUCCUGCUGGCGGGGCUGCCGGCCAACGGGCUCAUGCUGCUGGUGGCGGGCCGGGCCUCAGGCGCCCCCCGUCCGCUCCUCGCCCUGACCAACAGCCUCAUGGUGAACAUCACGCUGUCUGACCUGCUCUUCCUGGCUUGUGUCGUGCCCGUGCUACUGCUGAGCUUCCUGCAGCCCGACUGGUGGCUGGGCCCCUUUGUCUGCACCGCCAGCCAGGCCACCAACAACGCCACCAUGUUCUGUACCUUCUACAGCAUGGUGGCUACGGCUCUUCUGCGCCACGUGGCAGUGGCCUGGCCUGACGUGGCCCUGCCAUCCGGCCGGGGCGCCCGCCUGCUGCUCUGUGGGGCCAUGUGGGGCCUGGGCCUCACGGCGUCAUUGCCUAACUGGCUGUUCCAGAGAGUGGUAGUGGAGGAGGGGGCCGUGGGGGCCGUGGGGGCCCCGGCCUGCCUCUUGCUCCUGAGCCCCGCCCAGGCUUCCUGCUACUUCAGCUUGCUGGGCGCCCUGGCCUUCCUGCCCUGCAUGCUGGGGCUGGGCUGCUCUUUUAGCCACGUGGGCUGGCUCCUGUGGACACGGCCUCGUGGCCCCGGUGGGGAGAGCGUCCGGGAGCACCAGGAGAACACAGGGCUCAUCCUUGUGGUGCUGGUGGUCUUCGUGCUGAUGUGGGGGCCCUGCUCCGUGCUGGGCUACAUGGCAGCCGUGGGUGGCCUGCCUGCCACGCCCGUGGCUUUCGUGGCAUCCAGCCUCUGCACCAUCCUGGCUUACUCCAACUGUGCCGUCAGCCCUGUGCUCUGCUUCUACCUCUCCCGCCCCUUCCGGGAAGGGCUCAGGGACCUCUUCUGCAGGCCAACGGCAGCCAGGCACCCUGGGGAUGCAGGAGGGGCUGGUAUGGUGAUGGAGAGCAUCUAG